AUGUCAUCAAACUCAUCGAAGACAGAUAUCAUUCUAAAUUUGAUCUUAAUCUCAGCGCAAAUCAAUCGUUAUUUCUCGAUUGUUAUUCUUCUUUUCGGCACGAUUGGUAAUAUUUUGAAUUGUCUUGUUUUAUCUCAAAAAUCUCUUCGAUCAAAUCCAUGUUCUUGGCUUUUUCUUGCAUCAUCAAUUUCAAGUCUUAUCACUCUCAUUUCGGGUGUUGCAGUUCGUUUAUUGACGGGCUGGUCUGCCGAUCUAACAAACACAGUUCCAUGGCUUUGUAAAUUGCGUAUUUUUGUUCUGUUUGUUUCAAGAACAAUUGCUUCAUGGCUAAUCAUGUUGGCUACAGUUGAUAGAUGGUUUUCAUCAAGUAUCGAUGUCAAUCGUCGCCAUAUGAGUAAACUGGAAAAUGCUCAGCUGGGCACACUUCUUGUUGUGAUUCUAUCAAGUCUUGCGUAUACACAAAUAUUCUAUUGUUAUGAAGCUAAUCUUACUAAUGCACCUUUGGAAUGUUACGGACGAACAAUUUGGUGUCGUUUACUAAUCGAUUUCACAUUUGCUACAAUUGGCGUUAUCAUUCCUUCAAUACUGAUGUUGUCUUUUGGUAUUAUGACAAUUCUGAAUAUACGUGUGGUUGCUAAGCGACGUAUACAACCUGCGAGUAUUUCCAUCGAGACACAAGUUACAACGAACGGACAACAGCCACGUUGGAAGAAAUCUGAUCGACAUCUGAUUGUUAUGCUACUGGUUCAAGUUGUUCUUCUCACACUAUUCUCAUUACCACAGGUCAUCCAAAAUAUCUACGCAAACAGUACGAUGUAUUUGGCAAGACCACAAUUACAAAUUGGCAUCAACAAUUUCAUUUUCAAUCUAUUUCUACUACUCACUUAUGUAACAAAUGGAAUGCCGUUCUAUAUUUAUACAUUAGCUGGUGGAUCCAUAUUUCGAAAAGCACUUUAUAAUAUUUUAAAACAAUUAACCCAAAAGAUUUUAUGCCGAAAAGAUUAA